AACGACAACUGUAUUUAAACCUCCACGCGAGAAAUUUUACCCACAUCUCACUGGACUCUGAAAGAGGAAACGAUGAAAGUCAUCGCAGUUGUUCUCGCUUUGUGCGCUAAUGCCGCUUACGGCUGUACCUACGGCCUCCCCGUAGUCGGACACCAUGUCGACCAAUGUGUCCGCCCUGUAUGUGAAGAAAGUCUAACAGCCGUGCCCGUCGUCCGCAACGCCGUGGCCCACCAACAGGAAUACUACACCCAUUCUGUUCCCGUCGUACAAAACCAUGUGGGCCAAGUUUGCCACGACCACGUCACAAACGUACCUGUUGUUUCCAAGCGUUGCCAACCCGUCGUCGAGACCAGGAUGACCCAAGUGCCCGUUGUGAAGCAGAUGGUCCGUCCAGUCGUCGAGCACCUCGUCGAAAACGUACCCAUGGCUGAGAACCACGUCCGUCACGUAGAACAGACCUUCGUCAAGAACGUCCCCGUCGUCGAGAGGCUAUGCAGGCCCGUUGUUCACCACUCUGUCCAUCACAUGCCCGUCACCGAAACAAGGAACAGGCCCGUCGUACAUCAGCACGUCGACCUUUUACCUGUACGCCAAAGCCACUGCAGGCCCGUCGUCGACACCUACGUUCAACCCGUUGCCGGCGUUCAGUGCUACAACCAUGACGUCGGAUGUGGAUACGGAGGUGGAUAUGGAAGUGGAUACGGAAGUGGAUUCGGAAAUGGAUACGGAUGUCCAUCAAACUGCUUCUGCUAAAUUCACUCAAGGGAAUAAAUUGUCUUUAAUAUUUUA